UAGAGGGGGGUUUGGGGGCGCAGCCCCCAAGAGCGAGUUCCGAGGGCGAAGCCCGAGGAACGAGCAACGGGGGUUGGGCCGCGAAGCGGCCAGGGGGCCGUAGGCCCCCUAGUACUACAUAUAAUCAGACUUUAUAAUGAGGGCAUGGUAUACACGAAUUAUAUCAAUAAAUUGCGCAUAAAGGAUCCAGUAAAAGCAAAACCUUGGAAAGAUAUAAAGGAUGCCACGAUUGAAAAGGAAGGCUGCAUACAAUUUUCCUUGUUAACUUAUGAGUUCAUAGGAACAGAAGAUUGCUUAUUUAAUAACAUUCACACAACAAAAUUACCACGAAUUAACGUAGCUCUGAGACCAGUAAUUGUCAACAUUCAUCCAGGAGCCUACAGUUUUGGUUCUCCUCACACAGAAUUCUAUGGAUCACCAGAAUUUGUCAUGCAUAACGAUAUCGUAUACGUCUGUAUUUCAUACAGAUUGCAUAUUUUAGGAUUUUUAAAUUUGAAAUUGAAGGAAUGUGCAGGUAAUCAAGGAAUCAAAGACAUAGUCCUAUCGCUGCGAUGGAUUAAAGCUAAUAUACGAGCAUUUGGUGGUGAUCCAGACAACGUAACAUUACUUGGAAGUAGCAGUGGUUCUGCACUAGUGCACAUUUUAAUGUUAUCGCCUUCAGCCAAGGGUUUGUUUCACAAAGCUGUCUUGAUGAGCGGGCAUUUAACUCACUCAGUAUCACCUUACCGAAAAACCAAUGAGAACUAUGCUCGAGAAAUGGCAACAAAUAUUGGUUACGAUGGAAACCUUCAGGAUGGUAAAAAAAUAUUAAUGUUUUUAAAAAAACAAGAACCGGUGAUUUUGAUUGAAGGAUUUAGACGAUGUCAAAAUGUUUUACAUCAGACGAUCGCUCCCAUCGUACCGAUGUGCGUAUUUAACCCAACACUCGAUCAAGGGGGAAUUCUAUCAGACUUGCCAGAAAAUCUGAUUGAAUCAAUGACACGAAUACCAAUCAUAAUAGGAUUUUCACAAAUCGAAUCUGUAAUGGGGUUUAUUCGUGAGUUGACUAACAAGUUCCUGAUUCUUAGAAUUUUGUUUUUUAUUUCUUUUUUCAAUGAUAAUCCAUCACGGCACAAUGUAGGGAGUCUCAGACCACUAACGGAAAAAAACUUUAAAAAUUCUCUGCGUCAGAAUUGUUUCGGUUGGGGAUACCACUGCAGCGACGACUACAUUCAAUCGAUCUACAAAGAAGCAGAAGCAUUCUAUCUAAACGGAGAACCAGUCGAACAAGCACCACUGCCCAUCAAAAUGAACAUUCAGACUGAUAUAUCAAUAUCUGAUAUUUACAAUACAAUUAUUAAUCCGAUAUCGAAAGACUUGCCUUCUUCAGUGUUCGUUUAUAAAUUUGAAUUCGAGGGGAAUAUUCAUUCAAUGAAUACGACAUUGAAAAACAUGAUUGAUGAACCGAUCAAAGGAACGUGCCAUGGCAGUGAUUUUUGCUAUUGGAAUCGCAUGGGUGAUCCUAGAGACAAAGAAACUCGUAAAAUGGUGGAAACGUUCACAAAACUCAUUACAACUUUUGCUGAAAAAGGAGAUCCAAAUUAUGAAAAUUGUUUGGUUAAGUGGAAACCAUGCACACUAGAGGAGCCAUGUCAUCUGAGCAUAAAUCAGCCUAUGGUAAUGGUUGAUGGUAAAUUGAACAACGACAGGUUGGAAUUUUGGGAACGAAUACAGGAGAAAUACAAAGCCAAAGAGUGAUUGUGAUAAUGCGUGCAUUUUUCUUCUAAAAUAUGGUCAAUGUAAAAUAUAAAAUUGUAUCCCCCUCAUUUCACUAUAAGGUUAUUUUUUGAAAAAAACAUGUAUUUAAUAAGAUGACCUAUAAUUUGUAACAAGGCAUCUUUCAACUCCAAAAGAAUAAGUAGGCCAGUAGUCGAACAAAAGCAAUGUUGCCACAGCAAAACUCGACGAAGAGAAAUUCCAUCAAUUCAUUUUUUGUACUUAUAUCUAUCUAUACUUAGCAAGUAACAAGCAAUUUUUCCACACACUCAACAGUUCAAGCAUAGAACUUUUAUUACCAACACGAGGCCAAAAAAAAAGUAUGUACAAAUUGAAAGUCACGCUUUCUGACACAAUUAUUUUCCUUGAAUCCAAGUAUAAGCGUGCGUACAAUGCAAUGUUGCUGACCAUUAUCACGACGAGUCAACCAGCGAGAACCAGAACAUGCUUUGUGCCACAUGAAGUCUAAAGUAAUCAGGAACGUACACCGCAUGACGUAAAAUGUCAACUUUUUUCCGUUAGCUCAUAGGAACAGGGUUUUAAAAUACUUCGAAUUACCUGCUCAUAGCAAAUUUUAAGGCAGUGUUAUUUUUAUUCGUGCGACUAAUUUUUUUUUUUUUUUUGAAAAUGUCUGAAAAUACGAUUAUAACCGUAAAUGAAGGCCGAAUUCGAGGAAUUAAAAAAUUCUCCAAGUUUUCAAAAACAGAAUACUAUUCUUUUUUUGGAAUAAGGUACGGAAACCCACCUGUAGGCAUUCUUCGAUUUCAGGAUCCGGUGAAAACUACCCCAUGGAUGGAUAUUCUUGACGCCACGAGUGAAAAAGAAGGUUGUAUUCAAUUCUCAAUGCUGACUCACAAAUUUUUGGGAGCAGAAGAUUGUUUAUUUAAUAAUAUCCACAUACCGAAGAUACCUCAAAAAAACGAAGCUCUCAGGCCAGUAAUUGUCAACAUUCAUCCAGGAGCAUACAGAUUUGGUUCUCCACAUACGAAUUUUUACGGAUCACCUGAAUUCAUCAUGCAUAACGAUGUCGUAUAUGUUUGUAUUUCAUACAGAUUACACAUUUUGGGAUACCUGAAUUUGAAUUUAAAGGAAUGUUCGGGCAAUCAAGCCAUUAAAGAUAUAAUUCUAUCGCUGCAAUGGAUCAAAAACAAUAUACGAUCAUUCGGAGGUGAUCCAGAUAAUAUAACAUUGCUUGGAAGUAGCAGUGGGUCAACACUUACACAAAUUUUACUCUUAUCACCUUCAACUCAGGGGAAAGGUCUCUUUCACAAAGCUGUAUUAAUGGGUGGACACUUGACCAAUCCCGUAAUACCUCAUCAAAAAACAAAUGAAACUCACGCACGCGAAAUAGCAAAAACUCUUGGUUAUGAUGGAAAUGUUCUAGAUAAUGAAAAAGUAUUAAUGUUCUUAAGAGAGCAAGAACCUCUAUCGUUAAUUGAAGGAUUUAGACGCUGCGAGAAGAAUUUACAUCAGGUAAGUAAGGCCUUAUUAAAAACAAUCUCCUCUACCUCAAACUAAACCAUAGCUUCGAAAAAAUGUCUAAACCACUCCAAGCCUUCCAGUGAUUUCUCAGAGAAUUUCAAAUAACUCUGAAAAGACCUACAGUGGACUUCAACGUUUUUAGCUGCUUGGUAAAGUUUCUCCCGACUAUUGUAAGUUGCGACUGAAAAAUACCUCAACCCAAAAAAAGUGAGUAACAAGGAGUGGGAAACCGCCAAAGAAAGUAUCCCAACCAGCAUAAAAGUUUUUGAACCAGACAAAAAGGGAUCCAAAGAGGAUCCCAAAAUAUACCACUGGACAAAAUUUCAGGUGAUGAAAUUCAUUUUUCGAGUUUUAGCUAAUUUUUGAAAAUUACCUACAAUUUGGCAAAAAUUAGAAAAAAAUCAAAAUUUUAGCAAAAUUGAUCCAGAAAGCUGGGUUUAUACCCUAUUUUGGACCUCCCGAGCUGAUUGGAGACAAUUUCAAAUCUUCUGGAGCCUCGAGCGGUUUUUGAUUUUUUUUUCAACUCAUGAAAACAUAAUCACUGGAGAAAAUGUUGGAUUUGAAUCAGCCCAAAAAUAUUUUGAUGAUAGGUACGUGCCCAAAUCGAACGAAAGAGUUGCAAUGAUGAUAAAUCCGAGUUUAUAAGUGCUGAAUUUCAUUUUCACCCUAUUUACAGCGUUUUUUGGAAAACUGGAGAAACCAAAAAUUCGCUGGAGGCUCCAGAACGGUUUGAAACUGUCACCAAUCGACUCGAGAGGUCGAAAAUUGAGAAUAAAGUUGAAGCUUUCAGAUUUCCAAGUCAAUUUGAUGUACUUACUCGAAAAAAUCUGUAAAAUUUGUAGCCAUUUUUCUGAAUUUUUAUAAAUUGACAAUAAUGACCAAAAAAUGGAUACUAUUAUAUUCUCAAGUGUUCUCACAAAAUCCAAAAAUGAUAUCUCUCGAUGUUUCGGUAUAAUUCCAGAGUAAUAGUACAUAUUUGGAAAGAAAAAGUCUUUCAAACAUGAAUUUACUCAAAACUAAGCGAUUUUCAAAAUUUCAGCUGUUCAGUAUAGUUAAUCUUUAGUAUUUUUGGAUUUUGAUGGCAAUGCCAGAGAGUUCAACACAUUUUCUAUUGGGCCAUGUUUCUCAAAGCAAGUUUAGCAGCGACUAGAGCGAAACAACCACGAUUUUUCGGAAAUGCUCUUUUCUUAAGGACCCAUAUCUCUCCUCCAAAGACACUUAUGAUUCACUGAUUAACAUCAUCCGUAACUACGAGCGCAAAAUGAGAAUCGAAACAAAUCCGGUGCUGUUAGCGUGCUAUGGUCCAUAUAUCACUACAUUAUUCCACGCCGCCGAAAAUAGGGACUAAAAAUGUUUCUUAUUGACUUUCAACUCAAAAACCAAAGUUCAUUUUAUGAAGUGUUCAGUCUAAAUUAAGCUUUCGCCGUUGAGUACAUACAAGCCCAAAAAAGACCAAUGCACCCAAUGUCAAAAAUAUGAAACAAUGCCGAGUAUUCAUUCAGUGAAGAUCAAUUGGAGGCAUAUAAAAAACAUAAAGAGCGAGAGGUUGCAUCCCAGGCGAUGAAAGAUUAUGACAUGAAUUCCAGUAGUGCUUGCAGUGUGACCUUCGAUUUAGAAGCGGCACUAAACAUUCCGUGAACAACGAAUUCUGGAAUUUACCAAUGAAGAAAAUUUAGUUCGUAAAACUUCACUUUGUAUGAUGUGAAUUUUGGAACUGUACAUACAUUGUGUAUUCGACCAGUUGAGCCAGUUGAAAUAGUAAAUAUUUGCAAUUCCUUAAGGUACAAUAACUUGAUUGAUUUUGCAAUUGAUCAGUUGAAUCAAUUGAGGUACAUACAUAUAAGAUUUCAUAAUCUUUGCAAUAACUUGAUUAAUUCUGCAAUUGAUCAAUUGGAUUAAUUAAAAUACAUAUAAGAUUACAUAAUCUUUGCAAUAACUUGAUUGAUUUUGCAAUUCCUCGCAACAACUUCAUUGAUUUCCUUACUUGAAAGAGAAGUGGUUCUGGUUCAGAUUUACCAAGGGAUCAAAUUUUAUUCAAUACAAGCAUGAUCAUGACAGUGAAUUGAUGUCAAUUGAUCAAAGACGUACUUAAAGAGAGGGCAGCUCGCCCCUCAACGCAAUUUUUCAUGUUUAGUUGGGAAAAUUUACCAUUUGUACUUGAAAAGUUGAAAAAUUCAAUAGUUGCCUUUCAAACACAGCAGAAUAAUAUUUAUGAGCGAAAAUUUAACAUUCUUGUUGAGAAAUAGUUGGUUUUCAGUUUUAUUUGAUUUUUGCUCAAUUUAGGAAAUGCCAAUUUUUUAUACUCUCAUUAAGGCGUCGUUACAGAACGCAGUUCCAUGUAAGUUCUGAUUUCAAGGUUCCAAGUUUUUCAGCGUCUCAUUUUGGACAAAAGAUUGAAAAAAUUUUGACGUCGCCUUUAUCUCUUCGAAAUUUUUCGAUCUUUUGACGAAAACAAGUGGCCGAAUAGUUUUCAAAACUUAAAAAUUUAAAACUAUAGAACUUUGACUACGUUUAUAAAGACACCUUCAAUAUUAUUGUUUUCUUAUUCAUUUUAUUUAAAAACAGGAGACUCUGCGCUGCUGCUUCCGAAGGUCACAACUGUUGCCACUCAUUACCCGAUUACUAUCGAAAAGCUCAUCAAAAAAUAUGACGAUGUAGAAGCAUUGAAAAGUGCUUACUACGCAAAACUUGAAGAAGUCACACCCAUCCAUCAAGAUCGAAUUUUGAAAGCAUUUUCUUACGAACUUUGUUUCCAUGUUAAAAAAAGAUUGGCAAAGGAAAAACAGCAAAAUCAAAUUGUGGCUAUCCUCGAAUAUCUUGUCGAAAGAAUUUGGUUGUACGAGUUUACGUUGCCAACUGCCAAUACUUACUACGCUCUUUCUUUUUCUUUUUCAUUUUCACUUUUCUGGUAGCAGGAUAUCAGUUUGUUUGCGAUAUGGUAAUGCGAGCAUUAUAAUCAUUGAACAAGGUAUGUAGUAGAUAUUAGGUAAGGUAGGUGAGUUACAGAACAAAGACAGGCUGAUAAGAAAACUACGAACAAGUAUGACGAAUACUACCUCCUACCCAACAGUCUCGCAUAUUUACCGCGGAUAUCGCAAAAGUGCGAGUAUUAUACGAAACGUAUGUCGUCUGUUGUCUCUCCUUGGUGUCAUCUACGAGUACAUAUUUUGGAAACAAUACGAUACAAAACGAUAACGUGCAGAUAACUAAAGCGAUCUUAGUGGACAUAAUUUAUGCGUGGGUAUGAACGACGCCGACGUCGUUUCUCCAUAUGACAGUAGCAUUAUGAGCAGUUUGCAAUGGUUACGAUGGAUGGUAUUGUUUCUGAUGAGAAGUGCGAACGAGUACAAAGGAUCGAACGUUGAAUUCACUUUUCCAGAUGAAUGUAUGACAGGAACCAACUGGUGCGGUCCAGGCAACAUAUCUUCGCAUUUUGACCACUUGGGAACUUUCGUCAAAACGGAUAGCUGUUGUAGGGAACACAAUCACUGUCCACUCUCCAUCAGCGCCAAUCAAACCAAAUACGGAUUACACAACGAAUUACCUUACACCAGUUCAAAUUGCGCUUGCGAUGAGGCUUUCUACCAAUGCUUACACCGUGUCAACACCAACUCAGACAUGCCCGAUACGCUUUCGUCAGAAUUAAUCGGCGAAAUAUACUUCACUUUUUUGGAAACUCGUUGUUUUCAAAAAGUACCACCAUACGCAUCUUGCGAGGUCAACAACAACACAGAAGAUUGCUUAAUUUCAGCGUCAAAUCAUUCGGUCGAAUUUCAAUGGAAAACAAUGCCACCGUUCAAAUGACAACGCACACACGUAAUUACCUACUUACGGCUGCGAUACCUAAUUAAACUAACCUAUUAAGUAAACAUGCUAUGUAAAUUGUAAUCACCUAUUUGCUCGAUAUGCAUGUGAAAUAUUACAAUUUUUAUUUAUAAUUCCCCGAUUGAAUGUUUUUUUGAAAAUAUGAGAACAUUUUUCACAGGGUAAUCACAAAUUCCGAAAAAUACUUACAGAUUGAAAUGCUCGCUAAAUUCAAAUUAAUGAGAGGAAAAUCGAAGUUGUGCAAAAAGAAACAUGAAAGUGCAAAAAUCUCCAGGACCAACCGAAAAAAUUCUUCAACUCUUACAAAACAGCAAAAAUCCAUUUGUGAAGUAUAUGACCUCAAACAAUCCCCCCUCCCCCACCCUAUAUAACUUGAGAGGCAAAGUCGCAAUCUUACCCACAACCUAUUGAUUUCAAAGUUGGCAAAACUGAGGCUGUAUUCAAACUUCAAAACCUCAUAAACCAUUAGAAAUGGAUGGUUACUGUUUAUUAUGAUACCUACGUAAAUCUUGAAAUGAUAUUUUGUAUUUAUGACACUGGAUGUUCUCCAGAUACAUUCUCUUUCUCAUGUUAACCUAACUGCCUUCUGUUGGCUUGAGGUUGAUUUACAAAAAGGCCUUUGAUGGGAGUUCAAGUCAUACCAUUUACAAACAGUAGGGUGACAAUGAAAUACACAGGGAAAAAAUUUUUUGUUAUUUUUUUUACAGCACACCUGAAAAAUGUGCUAUGAGGUGUCAAAAAAUGAUCACAAAGUUUCAUCCCUCCAAGUUGAUUUUAACCCGUGCCUCAAGGGCCCCAAAGUUUUGAAUGUAAUGUCGGAGCGCGACCUUACGAGUCUCACAGCGACGCGUGGUGGAGAAAUCGUUGAGUACGCGCUACAUGUACAAAGUGAAUUAGAGUAAGGGUACACUUUAUUAUUUUUUUUGUUGAUAAUUGAUGAUUCUUUUUUCUCGUCUCAAGCUAACUCUAAAACAGUUUUCAAAUUAUAUUUUCUACGAAAAAAUCGGGUUUUUCUAUUUUAUUUUACUGUGGAAAAAAUUGAGCUUUUAAUGCACGUUUUUAUACAUUUCUCUUUACUUUUUCACCGCCUGCAGGGAUAUAAAAUUCACUUAUUAUGCUCAUUCAAUAUUUUUUCACUCGCUGUCCAUGUCCGAUGGCCAUUAAUUACCUUAUGAAAGUCUGGUUUUCAUUAAGUAUUAAAAGCUCGUCUCAAGAACUUGUUGAAGAUUAAUGUAGAGCAUAAGGAUGCUCGUAAUGUCGAUACUGAAAAAGUAAUCUUACUAUUUCAGUCACAAAAAACUCACCGUCUCAAGGUCUAAACUUACAUCACAAAUAUUUCAAGAAAUUACUUACUCUUUUUUUAGAAUUUCAAACUUGAGAACUACUUGUUAGUAAAAGAAAAUCUGGACAUUCUUGUUAUGUACCAUAGUUUGGAUAUAUGUAGGUAAUUUAGUAAAUACGUUUGUUGAGUAAUCACUGCCAAAGUCCGGUCACAUGAUUCCCAAAUAUUUUUCCAAAAAUCCUUUUUUUGCCCAAGAUAUGUUAUCAUAAAAGAGGCAAAUAAAAAUAUUAUAUUAACUUACUUAUUUUUAAAUUUUAAUUAUAUUGAUUUUAAUUUGAUAUUUUAUUUUGAUAAAUAUAAUUUGUUUUUUGUAUUUAUUUUAAUAAUAAUUUUUAUAUAGAAUUUAUUUGAGGGUGCAAAUUUGGAAGGAAUUUGGUGUAUGACGGUUAGUAUUUAUGGGUAAUUUAGAUUAAUUUAGAUAGAGUUUAGUAGAUACAUUGGGUAAUUGCUGCCAAGGUUGGGUCUCAAGUUUGCCCAAUUUUAAUGACCUAAGUUUAUUUUCAUUAUUUUCAAUUUCUUCUUUUUUGCGUUUUUGAAUGAUAUAUUUUGUACCUUACCUGAGUAAUUAAUAAUAAAAACUUUUUUUUUCUUU